ACGAGAAAACGCGAGAAGCAAGAUGUCUGCGUCCAUGUGUGUGCAUGGAGGUUGUUGAUGUUCUCUUUUCAACACUAUUUUGAAGUAUUUUCACUUUGUUAAUGGAACUGCAGGUCUGUCAUCAUGAGUGAACCUGAGCAACAAGAAGCCGAGAGUGUGAUAAAAGACGAUGGAGUGUGUUCCAACUCUGAAGAUGAACGUGAAAGCGAAAGCCAUGAUUAUUCAGAUGACGACGAGGAAAUGAAGGGCUUAUCAAAGAGGGCAAAGAAACGACUACUAAAACACAAACGAUGGGAAGAAACGAAAAUGUUGAAAAGAAAACAGGAGAGGUUGAAGAAGAAGCGGAAGUUUGAAGAUGCCCGAGAGAGAGGGCAGGAUAUAGGGCCGUCCAGGAAAUCCCUGAAGAAGAACUGCAUGCAGAACUCAGGGUGUAAAGUGAAGGCAGUCAUAGACUGCUCCUUCGACGAACAAAUGACCGAGAAGGAUGUGCGCCAUCUGGUCCAGCAGAUACAACAUAGCUACUCCGCCAACAGACGGGCAAACAACCCACUUCAGUUCUACGUGUGUGGCAUUAACGGCAAGGCGCAGCAGAGACUAGAUCAGAUUGGUGACUACAAAGGAUGGGAUGUGUACUUCAAGACGGAGAACUAUCUGGACCUGUUCCCAAAGGGGGAUGUGGUGUACCUGUCCAGUGACUCCCCCAAUGUGCUGCAGGAGCUGGAGGAUGACAAGGUGUACAUCAUCGGGGGACUGGUCGACCACAACCAUCACAAGGGUAUGUGCCACCAGCUGGCAGUGGACAGAGAGGUCAGCCACGCCCAGCUGCCCAUAGCAGAAUAUGUGGACAUGAAGACACGCAAAGUCCUCACCAUAAACCACGUAUUCGAGAUCCUCUUGAGGUAUACAGAGACCAGAGAUUGGAAGAAGGCAUUUUUCCAAGUCCUCCCUCAGAGAAAAGGAUUGAAAGAAAAAGAAAUGGAAGAUGCACAGGAUGAUCCUAAUAAAGAUCUUGCCGUGAAAGCUGAAACAGUCAAUAGUGAAGUAUGUAGUGAUGUAAACAGUAGUAAACAAAUAAACGCCAAUACUAGCUGAUGCUGGCUCUUAAAGUGACUGUCAAGCCAACUUUAAGGAAAUAUAGGACUGCCAUUUGACCUCAAGGAAUGGACAAACAGAGCAGUGUGUUUAGACGUUGGUACAGUGCCAAGUGGCAUUUUCAUUUUUCAGAUAUUUCUAAAAAUGCACAUUUCAUCAUUGUUACUUGUUCUAGUUUUUCAACCAUUGUGAAAUCAAUGUCAGUACGAGGCUCCUCUCAUCAACCACUAAUACAGCUGUAUGACUACUUUAAACUGUGCUUUGUAUUUGAGAAAGUUUUUUUAUGGAUAGAAAAGGUCAUCAAACUCAUAUCAAACAUCAUAUGAGUAAUGAGUACCUGGAGGUCGACCUGGCUGAUAGUGUGUCAUUAUGUCCUAGAGGUCGACCUGGUUGAUGGUGUUAUCAUGCCCUAGAGGGACACCUGGAUGGUGGUAUGUCAUUGUGUCCAAAUGGUCGACCUGGCUGAUGGUAUGUCAUCUUUUCCUAGAAGUCAACCUGGUUGAUGAUGUGUCAUUGUGCUCUAGUGGUCGACCUGACUGAUGGUAUGUCAUCAUGUCCAAGAGGUCGACCUGAUUGAUGGUGUGUCAUUAUGUUCUAGAGGUCAACCUGGUUGAUGGUGUUAUCAUGCCCUAGGGGGACACCUGGAUGGUGGUAUGUCAUCUUAUUCUUGAGGUAGGCAUGGCAGAUGAUGUGUCAUCAUGCCCUAAACGUUGCAAUGGCUGGUGGUGUGUCAUUGUCCUAGUGGACAUGGUGAAUAAUGUGUCAUCAUGUCCUAGAGGCAUACAACAUCCACUCACUCACUCUAAAGGUUAUUUGCCGGUGACUGAGUUUGACAUGGGAGACAACUGUCCCUGUCAAGACAAAAUGAAUACAAGGACUGAGUAAGAUAGAAUUGGAUGCCAAUGUAUGGUAUUACUUUGACUCUGUGCAAUUGAAAGAAAUGUCCUACUAUUGAUGUAAACUUGUCAAGGUUUUUUAAACCUGCACUUUAUGAUAUUUAACUCUGACGGAUGUAUGGGAUUAAAGCUAUGAAAAACGAGACAACAGUCAACAGUGUUAGAUUUAUUCCACUCUGCUGCUAUGUACAGACUUAUCACAGGAUGUGAACACACAGGUGUUAAGACACAACAGGAACACAGGGCAACAACACGUCAGCAAUAUAAGUGACCAGCCAUUUAUUACAGGGGUGUGUGAGUCAGAGGAUUUUGAUGCACUAA